AUGAGCAGUGGAAUGUCAACUAUUGACUAUAAAGAGGAUGAGGAAGAUCCCCUGAUCUCUCACGGUUCUCACUACACCUCCCCGUGGCAGCAAGAGUCCGAGUACGAAUCGAUACCCAAGCCAGAACCGCAGCCCAUCAUCCUCACCCAGGAAACGGAUUACACGUACGGGGUGACGCUAUCUACCCAUUGUACCGCCUGCUAUCUAAAGGGGCAAGGAUACAAGUGUUCCGACCAACCCGGACAUGAGUGGAUGCGGGAAAGUGUGGUUUCGGUAUCGGCGAGUGCCCUACAGCUAGCGAUAGAGAGGAAAGUUUAUGGGAUGAAGGAGUUCCAGAAUUACCUUGAGAAGUACCCGGACAAUAAUCUGCGUGUUCAGCUGCAAGGUAAUUUCUGCGCUCUGUUCCAACAUAAAGAUCGACAUGAGUAUCCUGGACCCGAAAAGGACGUUGAGGACGUGAUAACAGAGGCUUUGGAGGACAACGAAAACCGUUCGUUGAGUCCGUGUCGACCUAACAGUUUCAAGCCUAGGGUAGCUUCGAAACCGACCCCCAACUACCGGACGUCAAAGAAAUCCAUCAAGUCCGGGCGAUUCAAUGAGUUACCUUUGUACAUACAUACCGAGAAGUACCGCAGCACGAUUUCUUUGUUCUUCUCGUGA